UAGGCACACUCAUCCCAAGAUUCAAAAGCUCAUAUCAGGCCUAAUUGUCUUCAAAGCCUCGUUCAUAACCAAAAAUGUCCUAUGAAGAAGAUCCUCCCACUGCCCUGAACAUAGCCUACCUCGGCCCAGAGGCAUCCUUCUCACACCAAGCCGCCAUUGAAGUCUUCACACCAUCCAGCAGCAGUUCUGCCACACUGCACCCUCUUCCCUCUUUCUCAUCCAUAUUCUCCGUCAUACAGUGCUCUCCUAAUUCUGGCCCCAACGCCGACCAGACACAGACAUCCUACGACUACGCCGUCAUCCCUAUUGAAAACAGCACCAACGGCUCCGUCGUCCAAGUCCUCGACCUCCUCGCCCAAUGCGGCCUCGACUCUGACGCCCUGUAUCCCGACAUUGAAGUUUGCGCCGAAUACUACCUACCCGUCCAUCACUGCCUAUUCAUCUCCCCAGCCUCCCCAGCCUCCCCAGCCUCCCCGACGUUGACCACUUCGGCGGCGGCGGCGGCGGCCGUCACUCUCGCCAGCUCCAAAUCCUCCAUUCGCACACUCUACACACAUCCUCAAGUCUGGGGCCAAUGCACGCGCUUUCUAUCCACGCACUUCCCGCCUACCCACGUCGAGCGGAUCGACGUCGGCAGCACGUCUGCGGCCGCGCAGCUCGUCGCUCGCGAGCCGACCAAGGGCCUCACUGCGGCCAUCGGGUCGAAACUCGCCGGCGAGAAACACAAUCUCGUCUGUCUGGCCGAGAACAUCGAGGACGAGCCGGGAAAUAAUACGACGCGUUUCUUCGUCGUGAGGAACAGAAUGCGAAAGCCGAAAGGCCCCCUGCGGGACACCUUCUCUCAACAACAACAACAACAAUCAACCGACACAAUUAGAAAAGCAAAAUAUAAAUCACUCAUAACUUUCACCAUACCGCACACAAAGCCGGGCGCCCUCGCAGACGCACUGGCCGUGUUCAAGACGCACUCGUUCAAUCUGACCAGCAUAGACACAAGACCAAGUCGUAAGAGGAAUUGGCAGUAUGUCUUUUUUGUGGAGUGUGAAGAGGCAGAUAAUUAUACGGCGGGAAAUGGUGAAGCGGGCCCUGAAGUAGAGGACAAUCUGAAGAAUAUGUUGACUCAUUUGGAGAAGUUCACUGAGAGACUACGGUAUUUGGGCAGGUUUAAGGACCAAUUAGAAACAUAAAAAGGACGUGAAAGCGGGCUGCCGACAGAGACGGAAGUAAAGAUUGACUAUCUAACCACUAUUGGGUUGCUCUUGGUUAAGAACCGCUCAACAACGCAAGAUGUUGACAAGGGCGAGGCACGAGGCGACGCUCUGUCUCGAACCUUGGCUGCGAAAAGAACACAAUAUGAGCUUGAGGCUAAAAGAGUGACCAGCUCGACGAGACAAGGAGUACAAGCAGAUCCUCGAAGUUGCCCUGGCAGGGAUUGAAUAGGAGCAAUUCUCGAUCCAUUUUCAAGUCGCGCAUCAGCAUCACUGCUGACGGCACCGGCCGAUGCACAUUCUGCACAUAUCGCCAACGGAAUGUCGGACUUACAUCAGAUUCAGCCGAGAUUGUUAGCCAACCCCUUUGCGACUGCUGAUUGGGUCUGCUGGGGUAUUCCUAAGCUGAACCUGAACGCCGGCGUCAUCUCAGACCAUGACCAUGUUGCGAAGGUUGGAGCGUCCUGAAAUGAGGAUUAGCCUGCUAGACUCCACUG